ACAUGGCGGAGGUCAGGCUUCGCUUUAGAAGGGGAGCCUACAACUUUGCACUCAAAACCUAUAAUCGACAACUGCUUGAAAGUCAGAAUAAGCUACGUGAAAGUGCAAUAACAGCCCCGUGUGUCUCUGCGGGGUUUGGAUGUGGUGCGUUUCAAGAUGGAGAACUUUAUGGAGCUGACAGAGCGACCGCGGGAGUUUCUCAGGACAGUUACACAAGGGUAACACCACUGUUUGGUAAUAUUGACAAUGAGAAUGUCGCUCAAUAUCUCCUCAAUGAAGAGUAUUUACUUUAUAAUACAUCUCCAAUUCAGAAUAUAGAUCUACAUCGAAUUUACGCCAAAUUACGUUGGACUUCCUGCACGUUUAGACCAGCUGAUCUACACCAGAGCCUCGGUUUGUGUGGAGGACAUCCUGCACAUGUUGUGUUUAUCAGAGCUUACAGCGGCAACGGGGCCAGAUCCGAGUCUCUUUACAAAACCAAAACAGAAUACUAUGAAAUCAUGGAGGUGUCACCCACCGCCAGCCAUGCCCAGAUAAAAACAGCCUACUACAAGCAGUCCUUUCUGUACCACCCGGACCGAAACGCAGGCAGUGAGCACGCCACCGUCCGCUUCUCGGAGAUAAGCGAGGCCUACACGGUGCUGGGAAACAAGGCUCUGAGGAAGAAGUACGACCGGGGUCUGCUGGGUCCGUCAGACCUCUUAACAACCAGACCCUCCGGCAAGGACGCCGGGAGCUCCGAGAAACAGCACGCCGGGAGUAGGCGGUCUGUGGUGGGCCUGCGAGAAACAGCCGUUGACUUCGACAGGUUUAUCAAGAGCUACUACAGCGAGCAGCUCCAGAGAGACAAGGACAACACGGCCAGCAGAGAGGAGAGACGUAGGCAGCAGGAGGAGACGUUUCGAGAGAAGAAGAUGAACACUGUGAGCGAGGUGGGAAUUAUGUUGAUGCUGAUAACAGGCGUGGGUUUACUGGCCAGCGUAUACAAGGCGUGAUGUUCACUCACAUGGAGGAUGUUGGACUUCAAUCAUCACCACUUCUCAUACUACAACAAAAAGACUGCUGUUGAAAGCUCUUUGUUUGAACCCUGUUUGACCGCUCUGCUUGAGAAGGAAACUUUUGUGCAGUAUGGAUAACAUAACUUUAUUUUUAAGUCAAUGUGACACAGUGCAAUUAUCACACUACGAUCACACUGACAGCUACAAAGACCAAACGGUUCAGCACAGUACUGUAUACUUUCUGUCUGUGGGAACAGUUUUCACAGUUUUAUCAUGGUGUAGCCUUUGUCAAUACUUGAAGGUUUAGUUCAGUGUUUAACACCAACUGCCAUGUAAAUCAAAAUAACAUUAUAAAUAGUGCAUUCAAAUCAUUAAUAAGAAUACAAGAGUUUCACAAUACUGAUGCAGAAACACUUGAUCCAGUACUCAAAGAUCAGGUAUUGAGGUUUUUAGCUCCACUCAUGAGUUUUUAAUUCCUUACUCUGCCAUAAAUGGUGUCUUUUAAAUAUAGUACACAAUUCACAGGUUGGUUCAGCACCUGGUAGUGCUACAGUUCAUUUUAGGCUUUUAUAAAGUCAUCUGUCUUGCAGAUUUCUUUACUUUUGAUUAUGGUUUCAAGUAUUGCUAUUUAUGAAAUAUUUCAAGCAAUGUAAGAAAGUAAGGGAUGUGUGAAUCAAACCAUUUAACAGGGGCAUAAUAGGAACUGUAUGUUUAUGCUCAAUGAAAAGGUGCCUUGAGAUGAUAUUUAUUAUAAACUGAAUGGUUAUAUUGUACAGAUAUUUAACUAAUAAAUGGUUUAUGAGCAGUG